AUGUCUACCAAACUGCUUCUAACGUUAGCAAUAUAUCGAAUAAUACUGACGGUUGGAUUAACGUUGGACCCCACGGAGUUGCUACGCCUUGGAUUGCACGGUCAAUUCAGCUUCGACCCGUCCGACGUGGAAACGGCUUCCAAAGACUUUGGUGGCUUGCGGAGAGCCAAUCCAUUAGCCGUUCUACAUCCUUCUUCAGCAGAGGACAUUGUCCGGAUUGUCAAAGCCGCUUUUGAAUCGGCUCAUGGGUUCAGUGUCUCGGCUAGAGGACAUGGGCAUUCUAUAAAUGGGCAAGCCACGGCUACAAAUGGCGUGGUCAUUCAAAUGUGUAGCUCAAGGAAGCCGGCUUUGACUAUAGUUUCGGAGAAAUUCUUGUACGUAGAUGUGUGGGGUGGGGAAUUAUGGGUAGAUGUUUUGAGGUCCACCAUAGAGUAUGGACUUGCACCAAAAUCGUGGACUGAUUACUUGUACCUUUCUGUUGGUGGUACGAUCUCCAAUGCUGGUAUUAGUGGACAAGCUUUCAAUCAUGGCCCUCAAAUUAGCAAUGUCUAUGAGCUCGACGUCAUUACAGGAAAGGGUGAGCUGUUGACAUGUUCAGAAGAAGAGAAUUCAGAUUUGUACCAUGCUGUUCUUGGUGGUUUAGGACAAUUUGGGAUCAUAACAAGGGCAAGAAUUGCCCUAGAAAGAGCUCCCCAAAGGGUUAGGUGGAUCCGGGUAUUGUAUCCGAAUUUUUCAAGUUUUACACAGGAUCAAGAAUAUCUUAUCUCUUUGCAUGGACAACCAGACACCCAUAAGUUCGAUUAUGUUGAAGGUUUUGUAAUUGUUGAUGAAGGAAUCAUCAACAAUUGGAGAUCAUCGUUUUUCUCCUCAAGUAAUCCUUUGAAGGUUUCUUCUUUUAAUGCUGAAGGGGGUGUUUUAUACUGCUUGGAAAUUGCCAAGAAUUAUCAAGAAUCAAAUGCUGAUUCCAUAGAUCAGGAAGUAGAGGAUUUGCUGAAGAAAUUAAAUUUUAUACCCGGCUCGAUCUUCACAACUGAUCUUCCAUAUGUGGAUUUCUUGGACCGGGUUCACAAGGCAGAACUGAAACUCCGGUCCAAGGGUUUGUGGGAUGUGCCACACCCAUGGCUUAACAUAUUUGUACCCAAGUGGGACAAUAAAAGUUCAAUGGUAACACCGGACGAAGAUGUCUUUUACUUAGUAGCGUUCCUCAGGUCAGCAUUGGAUAAAGGCACUGAGACCCAAACUCUAGAAUACUUAACUGAUCAAAACCAUCAAAUCCUACGAUUUUGUGAUAAAGAAAAAAUAAACAUCAAACAAUACCUUCCUCAUUAUACCUCGGAGCAAGAAUGGAUACGCCACUUUGGAGAUAAGUGGGCACAAUUUUCAAAAAGAAAAAUGGAAUUCGACCCCAAGUGUAUUUUAGCAACUGGCCAAAGUAUAUUUGAGCCCUCUUUUAAUCCUAAUAAUAAAGCUUCAAGGAGAUAA